CCACAACUGAGAUAAAUGAAAUCUUUUUCUUUAUUAAUACAUAUGAAGGUUUCCCCAGUAGAAAAAAACGUGACUGAACUGCACGGAGGGGUGCUGAUCCACUCGCAGCAUAAACACUGUUUUUUUACCGCAACGAAAGAUCUGCAUCUGGCCGCAGAACUGGGGAAGACUUUGCUGGAGCGCAACAAGGAAUUAGAAGUAUCUCUGCAACAGAUGUACCUGAGCAACGAAGACCAGGUCCAGGAGAUUGAGUACCUAAGUAAACAGCUGGAAAUGCUCCGCCAGGUGAACGAGCAACACGCCAAGGUAUAUGAGCAACUGGACACUGUAGCACGAGACCUAGAAGCCACCAAUGUGAGCCUUGUACAGGAGAACAAGGUGGCACAACAAAAAAUAGAAAGUUUAACUGAUACCAUAGAUGGUCUACAGAGGCAAGUAGAAGAUCUGCAGAGACAGGUUGAGGAAUUACAAGGAAUGGAAAAAGUAAGAACCAGAAGGGAAAAAAGAGAAAGACGUCGUACUAUCCACACCUUUCCUUGUGUACGUGAACUGUGCUCCAGCAACUGGUAUGAGGCUACAGUCAGCAAACAUGCUUCCUGCCUGGAUCUGACUCAAAGACCAUUACAGAUGGAAAAUCAGCGUUUGCAGAUGGCUGUAAAUGUUUUGAGGGCACAGGUAGCAGAGGAACGGCAACGUAAGGUGAGGGCAGAACAAGAGUACCAGGCUGUCAUCCAAGAGUAUGCUGAGCUGGAACAAAGAGCAUGUGAAAUGGACAACUGCAAGAUGCGUAUAAAAGAACUAGAGAAUGAACUACAAGAAUUACAGCAGAUGAAACAAGUAAAGCGUUAUCUCCUAAGCCGUGGAGAUAGCCUUUCACAGGCAUUGCUGGAACCCCUUAACAAGACUCCAGAAACUGAUGACCCCGAGCCUUUAGAGGGGGGUGAAGAUGUGAGCAAGAAUCCAGCAUCUCCAAACUCUGCUGUCAGGAAAAGCUGCAGCGACACAGCACUGAGUGAUAUUGUUGGGAGAGAUGCUGCCAGCCGGCAUGAAGGUAAAGAGGGCCUGGGCCCGACUCUCUACUUUUACAGCAUCUCUGGACCUGUCACUGUGACACAUUGCUGUGCAGCUCACCGGACUUCCAGAAACAUAUGAACAUAUUACGUUAUAUGAUCAACCUAUUAAAGCCAUGUUUCCAGCAUUUAAGCUGUUAUAAUGCUGUGGAUGUGCUGUCAGAGCCCAAACUUGUAUGCAAGAAGAUAUGGCGAUUUGUUGUAUGUUUCAAUAGCAUUGCUUCUCUCCUGAACAUGUUACGCAGAUCCAGUUUGCACAUCCCAGCUUACGUUUUAUUCACUAUAUACAAAACUAGUCUGUCAGCAUUUUUUUUGCCAUCAAAACUUCUGUAACGUUAUCCGAUGUCAUGGUGUUUUAACUUGCUUGAGUAAAAUGUUGUGUCAUGGAAAGUGUCCAUGAGGCCGGCUCUUGUCAUUAGGUGCCCUGAGAAUGUCCCCGCACCCCCUCUAUGACAGUUACAUAGUUAGUAUGGUUGAAAAAAGACAUACGUCCAUCAAGUCCAACCAGGGAAUUGAAGUGAAGGGUGUAAGGGGAUAAGGGAAAGGGAUGUAGUUUUAUAAUUCUGCAUAAGCAUUAAUGUUAUUUUGUUCCAGGAAUGUAUCUAACCCUGUUUUAAAGCUGUUAAUUGUUCCUGCUGUGACCAGUUCCUGAGGUAGACCGUUCCAUAAAUUCACAGUCAUCACGGUAAAGAAGGCGUGUCGCCCCUUUAGACUAAACCUUUUCUUCUCCAGACGGAGGGAGUGCCCCCUCGUCCUUUGGGGGGGGUUUAACCUUGAACAGUUUUUCUCUAACAGUUUCCUGAUUGGAUGCUAGAGUUGUCGAUCAUAGCUGAAGGAGGGGCUAGGGAAACAUAAUACAGGGAGCUCUUUGCACUUUACAAGAAGAGCCCACCUCAUGGACACUUGCCAUGGCAGAAACCAGGGGAUACAUAAUUUUUCUCAGGCAUGCAAGUUGCAUGACAAGAGUGAGGCACCAGGUAUCGUCCUACUUUCCUCCCCGACCUCUGUAUAGGGCUGCCAGUAGUUUUGAUAGCUCAGAACUGUUUACAGAAUCCCUCAAUAACAGGAUGUAAUUUGACUUUUGAUAGAAGACUGUGGAAGCUAUUUUAACAAGAAUAUGUUGUGCAAAAGGAAAUCUUCAGAGCUGAAUCCAUCCUUUUCCUUUUGCAUUACUGUUAUGCUAUCCAGCAUCGGAUUCUGUGCUCUGGCCAUGGUCUCCUGGGUGAGCUGGAACUGCCUUUUCCAUUGCAAUGUUGUGUUGCAGAAAUGUUGUGUUGUGUUGACUUAUCUUGCGUAAAUUAGUUCAGCCUUCAGGUGCUCCGGUGGGCUGGAAAAGGUGGAUACAUUCCUAGGAAAGAGUCUCCUAGGACUGUAUCCACCUUUUCCAGCCACCGGAGCACCUGAAGGCUGAACUAAUUUAUGCAGGAAAAGUCAUCAACUGCCGAGUCGAGAAGUUCGUGACGAAUCGAAUUUACUGUAAGUUCACUAAUCUCUAGGUAUUUUCAUUGCAGUGUCUUUUUUACAUGUAAGUCAGUGUAC